UACGGAUGGCUUUCUUCUUAAUCCACUCAUCUGCGGCUUUCUUCUUCGGUUGUUCCUUCUUCCACUAAUCCCCUCUUCCAAUCCAAACUUCCUUCGCCUAAUCGAUUCACUCUGAUCUUUUUGGGCUGAUUGAGAAAGAAUGGCGAUAAUGAAAAGAGUUGAAAAUGAAGAUCGCGAACCAAGCGCAGUUGAAAAUGAAGAUCACGAACCAAACACAGUUGAAAAUGGACGUGAAAAACAACAAGAAGAAAAGCAAAUAAAAGAUGAAACUCUGUUGCAGUUUCUGGAUUCUACGGAUGGCUAUCUGAUGCUGAUAGAUUCUUUAUCUUCUACGCUUCGCCAGGGAUGGUUGGAACUGGCAAGUGCUAGGCAUUCUAUGGGAUCUUCACGAGUUAGUAGUGCUUUGUUAGACCUUAAAGUUCACUCUGCUGCUACAUCAGUGCAAGUAUCUCAACAAGAUGCUGACUCCAUGUUUAUACAACAUCGAUUUCUUUUGCGCAAAUGGGCAUCCUCCGAUGAUGGAGAAGAAAAAUCUAGAGGGGACAAAUUACCAACAGAAUCUGAUAGUCAGCUCCAGCAUAGAAACAAUUCCAGUCAUUCUGAGAAAGCUUCAGAAAGAAAUGGAGAGAAAGCCUCGGAAAGGAAUGGAAGUCCUCUUACACUCGAUGACCAGGUUCAAAAGCAACGAUCCAAAUCCUUGUCAGUUUUUGGAGCACUUGUUUCCCCUAGGCUUCGAGCCGCUCAAAUAUCAUUUGAAACAGCAUUGGAGAUACUGGUAGAAAUAGCAAAUAUGCGUUCAGAAAUUCUUGCCUCUUUUGAUCAAGUCCACGAAAAAUUGGGAGGCACUUAGAGAAGAUAAAGAGUUGAUUCCUUUGGUUUACUAGUUAAGGCAUAUCAUCACUAGAGUAAUCGAGCCCCGAAGAUAUUUAAAAAGAAAAAAAAUUAACAUCCUUGUGGUAAUCAGAAAUUUGAAGCUCAAACAUGGAAAAGAGAAGAGGGAAGAGUGGGAAGGUUGUCAUCCAUAGCUGGGUCAGGUUUUGAUAUUCAUUGUUUGAUCAAUUGCAUGUUGUUGCUGAAAAGGUUUGUGACUAAGGGACUCUUUUAUUACAUCUGUGUAAGUCAGGAGCUUGAUGAAUCAUUUGUGAUUAUAGGUUGCUAAGAAUCCUUGAUGGGGACUCAGUGCAAUUUUGAUGCGAAUAACUGAAAAUUAUUUCUUUGCACCGCACAUUGUUGGCAUCUUUUCCAAUGGAUUAUACCACCAUGUUUUGUGUUGUUUAGUACUAUACUUGGAUUUGUUUGAAAAUAGCAAUUUCUAUCGUUUCUUCGUCGAA